AUGGAAAUGUCGACGAUCUGCGGGUACUCUAUCGCGCUCUUCACCCUCGCGGGCGUAAUAGGCGCUCUCGCCGACGCGCGUUUCGUCAGCUUGGAGGUGAACAGCUACAUGCUGCUCCAGGCCCCCGCUAACGGCGCGCCCGCGUGUGCCGGGCGUACCGUGGGCGUGCGGAGCGUCGUCGCAAUGCCCACCCUCUGA